ACACUACCACCACCUCGCCUGUACUCUUCCAUCUUCUUGGUUCUUUGGCACGACUCUUCAACGAACCGCUUGGAUUCAGGAAAUCACACAUUUCCAACGCCGCACGCGUCGUAACAUCGUAUUCGAGCACACCGACCCCACAAUAUGUCGAAGCCAGCUGUGAACGGGCAUGACGCGAACGGACACACAGGACGGUCCGACCGUAUACAGAUCAUUAACGACGAGAAGCAGUUCACACCCGACCUGAACGCUCAACUGGAGGAGUGGGCCUUGCGCGAUGUAGGAUUCAACUACAAUAUUGUCUCUGUCUUCGGGUCACAGUCAACAGGGAAAAGUACCCUACUGAAUAGGCUAUUCGGCACCAACUUCGACGUAAUGGACGAGACGAAACGGCAGCAGACUACGAAGGGCAUAUGGAUGUGUCGUGGCCAGGACAUGAGCGUAAUGGUCAUGGAUGUUGAGGGUACUGACGGGCGUGAGCGUGGAGAGGACCAAGAUUUCGAGCGCAAAUCCGCCCUCUUCUCUCUUGCCUCAUCAGAAGUACUCAUCGUCAAUGUCUGGGAACACCAAGUCGGUCUCUACCAAGGUGCCAACAUGGGCCUUCUGAAGACUGUCUUUGAAGUGAACCUCGGCCUAUUCGGAAAGAAGAGUGCGGACAGCUCCAACCAACGAACACUACUUCUUUUCGUCAUUCGUGACCACAUCGGCACCACACCGCUGGCCAACCUCCAGGCCACACUGACUGCCGAUCUUCAACGCAUCUGGGACAGUCUUUCCAAGCCUGAGGAACUUGCAAACUGCAAGCUAGAGGACUACUUUGAUCUGGCAUUCACGGCAUUGCCACACAAGAUUCUCGCCGCAGACAAGUUCGAAGAGGAAGUCCGAAGGCUGAGGGGACGCUUCGUCGAGAAAGGCAGGGAUGACUUCUUGUUCAAGCCUGCCUACCACAAGCGCAUUCCUGCCGAUGGCGUUGCCUUCUACAUGGAGAAUAUCUGGGAACAAGUGCAAACGAACAAGGACCUCGACCUUCCGACUCAGCAGGAACUAUUAGCUCAGUUCCGUUGCGACGAAAUAUCAGCCGGUGCCUUGGCUGAGUUCAAUGAACAAGCGAAGCCGCAGAAGAGGCCCAUCGAGGCAGGAAAGGUGAUCGACGGUCUGGGUGGGAUGAUGCGGAGCUGGAGAGCUCAGGCUCUUGCUCGCUACGACCGUGAUGCCUCGCGCUAUCACCAAGGCGUCUAUAAGCGCAAGCGUGCGGAUCUCAUCGCCACACUCGACUCCACGCUCUCGCCACUCUUCGUCGGACAGCUGAAGAAUCUGCACAAAUCAUGCCUCGUUGCCUAUAAGAAAGAGAUCAUGGAAGGUCUGCGUCGGGAGAACUACAACUUCGCCGACGUCGUCGGGAAGGCUCGGGGUCAGUGUGAGGCUAACUUCACGCAGGGUGCUAAGGAGGCGGUCGUUUCGGAGGAAGAGGCGACUUGGAACUGGGAGGAGGAACUCGGCCUGCUGAAGGAAGAAGUACGGAAUGUGGCGGACCAGCUUAGAAAGGACGAGACGAAAAAGAUGGUCAAUGCUAUUGAGCGGAACUUCAAGAAGCAGAUCGCGGAGCCAGUGGAGCUUCUGCUCACGAGGGCAGAGCCGAACAUGUGGGACGAAAUCCUGCGCACAUUCCAAAUCUCUCUGAUCAAGGUGGAAAACGGGUACCUCACGAAGGCGAAGAGCUUUGACUGCACAGACGAGGAAAACAAUAAUGCGCUGGCCAUCCUACGCAAGCGGGCAUGGUUGGCGUUGCGGGCGAAAAUCGACGAGCAGACAGCGGAUACUGUCAUCCUGGGCAAACUGCGUGCAUACUUCGAGGAGCGAUUCCGGUAUGACGAGCACGGUGUGCCUCGAGUGUGGCGGCCAGAUGAUGAUAUCGACGGUGCUUUCAAGAAGGCCAGGGAUCAGACACUCGAGCUCAUUCCGCUCUACUCGAAGAUUGAGCCCGUAGACCCAGCACUAGCAUACAAGCCACCCCCCGAACCGGUCAGCACGGAGCUCACGUCGCCUGAAGAAGACUUCGAUUUCGAGGCCUCUCUCACUGUCUAUUCAGAGUCCAAGGCUCUCGACCUGACGAACCGGUUCCGACGUGAUGCGGACGCGUACUAUGUCGAAGCGAAGCGCAGUACAGUUUCGAGCAUCGCUCAGGUUCCAUAUUGGAUGUACGGCGUGUUGGUGGUACUGGGUUGGAACGAAGCCAUGAUGGUCCUUUUCAACCCAUUCUACUUCGCGAUGGUGUUGAUCCUCUUGGCUGGAUCGUAUAUUACCAUACAAUUGGGCAUGCUAGGUCCCUUAUUGCAGGUCACAGGCACAGUAGGGCGGGAGAUUCGUCGGCAGGCAGAAAACAAGCUCAGAGAACACUUCUCGGAGCCUCUUCAAGCACAGGCUGCAAGGGCUCAACGGGGACUGGAAAACGACGAGUCCGACAUCGAGCCAUUGCCGAAGAAUGGAACUCGACCUAUCAUGUAAACUACUUGCAUCUCAAGGUGGAAGGCAGGUGGGUGUGGGGGGGAACGAACGGACUCUUCAGAUUGGCUUGGACGGACGGGUGGACGGGAUGUCGAUAAAUCUUGUGAGGUAGGAUGUUCGACUCAUUCGCUGGUAGGAGGUCGGUGCGGACAUGCAUUCUACUUAGACGUUGUUACAGUGUUACAGUUGAUGUCAUAUCUAUUCUGUUCUUUGCAUGUUUUGUGGUUCUGUUUUCUUUUGUAAUUAUUCGCAUACGCAUCUGGAGAUAUCUGGUUCCCACCU